AUGCAAUCAGGACACUUAUUAUUCAGAUGGGACCAACUAAAUCGUUGUUAUGCAAAAUACAACACAUUAUUCAGCUCAAAUAAUUNGUCCUUCUUCAACUCUAUCAAACAACAAAACCCCCAAUUCCAACACCUCCCCUCUUUUCUCUUCGGCGAGUCCAUGGGCGCCGCCAUCUGCCUCCUCAUACACUUCCUCUCCCCGGAACCCUUCAACGGCGCCGUUUUAGUCGCCCCCAUGUGCAAAAUCUCCGACAGCGUCAGACCCAGAUGGCCCAUUCCCCAGAUCCUCACCUUCCUCGCCAGAUUCUUCCCCACUCUCCCCAUCGUCCCCACCCCCGAUCUCCUCUUCAAGUCCGUCAAGGUUCCCCGCAAGAAACUCAUCGCCAACAUGAACCCUUUGAGGUAUCGCGGAAAGCCGAGGUUGGGCACCGUCGUCGAACUUUUAAGGGUUACCGACUUCCUCAAUCAGAGGCUCUCUGAUGUCAACCUUCCUUUCAUUGUCUUGCACGGCAGCGCCGAUGCUGUCACCGACCCCGAUGUGAGUAGGGAGUUGUACCGCGAAGCCAGGACCCUCGAUAAGACCAUCAAGGUUUACGACGGGAUGAUGCAUUCCUUGCUGUUCGGAGAGACCGAUGAAAAUGUUGAGAUUGUCAGAAACGAUGUUCUGUCGUGGCUGCUCGCUAGGUCUGGUGGGGAAACAAGACUUCAAUGACGAAGGUUUCAAGGUUCUGUUUUGUUAAUUGUCUUGAUGCAUUUGGUGAAUUCGAUGCUACAAACAAAAUUAUAUCAUCGGACUGGCAACACCAAAAUGUGAACUGUACUGUCCAUUUCAUCCAACAAUUCUAAGUUAUUAAUAUAUUGAUGCAAGAAAUUUAUUCCCUUCACCAAAUGUUCACUUCAUCGUUUCUGUA